UUCUAUUGUAUGAUAUAAAGUUAACGCCGAUCAAUGUACUUAAAUGUCAAUAUCCUCUAUAAAUGUGUUACAAUAAUACGCUCAGUCCCAUUAGCUGAUGUUCAUGUAGUGUCAAGAUCUGUGUCUGUGAGCUGAGCUAGGGUUAAGAGUGUGAGAGUGAGACCGAGAUAAAGUGAGGCCAUUGCCACGGACAUGCAUAUCUCAUAGAUUGAUUGCACCCUGGUAGUUGUUCUCAACCAAUCUGCACUCAUGAAGAUGAGAAGAGGGAAAUCCUCGGUGGGCACCCCCUCAGCUUCCGGCAGCAAGGAUGAGAAAGCGAUGCCUCCCGCCUCCAUCUCCCCGGAGCCGAGCGUGGACUCCCCGGGCAAGAUGCCCCAGCCGGAGUGGGCAGGAGGGAGUGGGACGGAGACGGAGCCCAAGCCUGAGGAAGAGAAGACUGAAGAGGGCAGCAAACCUAGUAGUGGACCCGCGGCAGGUGGUGGUAGUUCAGCAUCCCUCCAAGAGAUGAGAGCUGAACUUUAUCGUCUUGUUAGAGAGACACACAAGGGCAAAGAAAGGAGCGAGGUCAACCUAGGUCAUAUCACAAAGACACAAGAAAGCAUUAAUCAGAAUCAGAAGAUAUCUCCUUACUACCGCUCCAAGCUACGUAGCCUCUACCAGUCAGCACUGUCAGAUGCAGAGAAUGAGGCAGAAUUGUACAGGAAAUCACUGGAGAAGAUCACAGAGAUCAAGAACAUACGCAACGAGCAGCGCCUGCAGGCGAGGAGCGCAGGACUUCACUCCGACUCGGAUGGACCUAGGAAGAUCAUGCGCAGAGGGGUGCUCAUGAACAUGCUGCAACAGACCGCCCUUACGUUACCGCUCUGGAUCGGGCGAACAGGAGAAGAAAAACCCCCACCCCUGUGUGGUGCUGUAGCAGCAGAGUCGAGCUACAUCUCCAAACCAGGAGACUACAUAGCAGCCAGGGUGAGAGGGAGCGAUGGUGACGAGAAUUGGAUCCUAGCCGAAGUGAUCUCCUUCAACUCCGGCACAAACAAGUAUGAGGUGGAUGACAUCGACGAGGAAGGCAAAGAGAGGCAUCUAUUAUCAAGACGGAGGAUAGUACCGCUGCCUUUGAUGAAAGCUAACCCAGAGACCAAUCCAGAAGCAUUAUUCAAGAAGGGAAACCUUGUGAUGGCGCUGUACCCCCAAACCACAUGUUUUUAUCGAGCAUUAGUGGAGCGACCGCCAGAAGGGCCUAUUGAUGACUACUCGGUUUUGUUUGAGGAUAACUCCUACGCAGACGGCUACUCACCAGCACUGAAAGUUGCCCAGAGAUAUGUUGUCCAAGUCAAAGAACCGCGGAAAAGAUGAGGAUGUCACCAAACUAUUGGAGGAUGAAUAAUCUCUCCAGAACAAUCCAAAGAGCAAGAUCCUCUAUGUGAGGUUUCUGUGGCAUCUUCUCAUUUUCAUCAUGAAGAUGAUGUUGAGUAGGUUGCCAUGCCAACAAGGAAGACCAGUUGAGAAAGUAAUUGAGGAUGCAAAUUGUUGGAGGAUGAAUGAUCUCUCCUUGACUUCUACGAACAAUCCAAAGGAGCACGAUCCUCUAUGUGAGGUUUAUGUGGCAUCUUCUCAUUUUCAUCGUCAUGAAGGUGGUGUUGAGUAGGUUGCUAUGCCAACAAGGAAGACCAGUUGAGAAAGUGAUCGAGGAUGCAACAUCUGAGCAGCAGCGAACCAGUAGCCCUACAUGUAUUUGAGACUCUCCUUACAAGGAAUGCCUGUGUAACUAGCCGUCGGCGGUUAUCUGGCGAUACCUGAAGUGGCUAUUUUUUGCAAUUGCAGGAUAUGCAUAUUUCUAGAAAUACUUUGUCAUGCUUGCAGAGUCGCAAUGGCUUUCAUGGUGCCACUUUGCAGGGGCCCUCUCUUGGGUUGCGUGAACGUGUGUGGACAUACAAGUCCUCAAGCAACAUCAAACAAGCAAAUGUCAUCACGUCAUCAUCUGCAGUAGUCUCAAUUCUGGCCCUUGUACUGCACAUGGCUUCAGGCUAUUUCGUGAUUCAUCUGUAGCACUUGUGAGCUUCAUCUUAAGGCUAUUUUUUUAAAGCGGGACUGCAAUACUUGUAGCUACUUGCGCCCUCUAUAUAGCAAACAAUGCCAAAGCGAUACCCGUUGGUCACCCAUGAGGUCAUGACCCCUUUUGCUUAUGUUAAUCAAGAGCUGAUUUGAUGUGAUAACAACCUAUCAGUGACUAUGCAGGGAGGUCUGAUCUCUCCUGGCCAAACUAGUGCAGAUAGACUUUAAAAAAGAA